UUCUCCGCGUCGUGAUCCUCUGUCGUCCGAUCGGUUCUUCGGGAUCGAAAGUGGGGAUCUACAGGAGCUACUGAACACGGUUUCAUUUGUGUCGCUCUCAGAAGACGUUCUCAGUCGGGGAAGAAUAUCGUUCGUUUUCGGACACGAUAUUCCCAUUUUUCGCGGGAUCGUGUCGUAGUUGUUCCGUAGAAACGAACCCACGGCUCUCUAUCAUUCUAACAUCAGGCCUACACUUUCAGUAACACUUCAAAAUCGGGUCCAGCCAGUUCUCUGGAAAAUCUUUCUUAUUUUACGAUAGAAGCAGAUCGGUGUAUCCCAAGCAAGAGAUAAAAUCGGAUCGCUGCACGAUCGACUUUAACCACGCGGUACUGAAACAUGGAGAACACGUGACCGCGGAGGAGGAAAACGGAAGUCGAGCGAAUAUAGAAGGAGGCGCGACGGGGAGGGUGAACGAAAGGAAAAAAGCGAUGCCAAGGGCCGCGAGAACGGCGGACGUCGAUCGAAAACGUGCGAUCAGCGAUUGAGGUCAGCAAAGCGAUCUCGAGGCUGCAGACUGGCGUUGCUUGCCGAAUAGUCAACGCACUCUUUGGAACGUUGACGAAGAUGAAGAAUAACGCGGGCAACCACGAGAAGAACGGGCCCGAGAGCCUCAAGUUGUUGAGGGUACCGUCGACGCCGCCGACCACCCCAACUACACCAACCACACCAAGUUCCAGAGGUCUCGAGGACGUAUUCAAGGAGCUACCUAUCACCGAUGAAACAUCCUGCGGCAUUUGGUGUAUACGCAACCCAACCUUACAGAGAUUCGCCAAUAAAAAGGCAUACGUGUUCCUCUACGGUGUGCUCGGAUGUAUAUUUUCGGCGAGUUACGCGUACUUCAACGGUACCAUCACCACUAUCGAGAAGAGGUUUAAGAUACCUUCAAAGACCACAGGUCUUAUCACUGUAGGCAACGAUAUAUCGCAACUGUUCGUGUCAGUGGUCCUGUCUUAUUACGCAGGAAGGGGUCACAGGCCUCGAUGGAUUGCGUUCGGGAUUUACACGGUAGUCCUCUUUUGCUGUUUAACGAUGUUACCGCACUUCUUAUACGGGCCAGGGGAAGAUGCUCUUUUGCUCACGAAAGAACACGGAGCAAAGCCACAAACUGUAAAUACGAGUGGUAUACCUGACAAAAAUCGAAAGUUCUUGUGCCUUGGGAAGGAAAGUCGGGAGAACGAAUGCGACGAUGCCGAUGGAAAUUUCGCGCCUCAAGUGUUGCUGUUUAUAGCGCAACUAGUGUCAGGAGUCGGCGGUUCACUUUAUUAUACCCUGGGAGUAUCCUAUAUGGACGACAAUAUACAAAAAUCGAAGACACCGGCUUUAAUCAGCUUCUCGUACUUCCUGAGAAUGCUGGGACCAGCUAUUGGUUACGGUCUAGCUUCGUUUGCCCUCAAGUUCUAUAUAAGUCCCACUUUGACGCCUACGAUUACAACACAGGAUCCAAGGUGGCUAGGUGCCUGGUGGCUCGGUUGGAUAAUCCUGGCGUUCCUCCUUUUCUUCUUCGCAAGUGUGAUUGCGCUUUUCCCGAAAACUCUGCCAAGAGCUGCGGCCCGCAAGGCUUUAGCGCUGGAACGAAACAAAUCAGCAACCAGCAUAAAAGGAAACGAGGAGACGGAAUUGCCCGCUUCCAUUUCAGACAUGUUAAGGACGUUUAAACGACUUCUGACGAACACCACUUUAAUGUGCAACAACUUAGCAACCGUUUUCUACUUUAUGGGAUACAUGCCUUACUGGAUCUUCAUGCCGAAAUAUAUCGAGACACAGUACAAACAAUCCGCUUCCGUUUCCUCGUUAAUUACCGGGACAGUAGGUUUGGUCUUCAGCGCCUUUGGAAUUCUUCUUUCCGGCUUAGUUAUUUCCAAGUACAAACCUAAAGCGAGAUACUUGGCUGCGUGGAACGUGAUGGUGGGCGCUAUAUCAGUUAUGGGGAUGAUUUCCUACGCUUUCCUAGGCUGCUCUGCUAACGACAAUCAGAUCACCGUUCAGGCGAAUGGUGCUUUGAAGACUGAGCUUCCAUGCAAUGAACAGUGUCACUGCGACUACGUUACUUAUAAUCCCGUCUGUUCGGAACACAAUCAAACCUUCAUUUCAGCUUGUCACGCCGGAUGUCGCAACAUGAAGAUCCAUGCAAAUGGCAGUAAGAUCUACACGGAAUGCGGUUGUAUCAAGUCGAAGUUUACACGUUCUUUACCAUUUUUGUUUGUGAAUAACGCGUCGAUGGACACAACGGAAGUACCAGUUGGAAGCACCGUCCCUGACACGCCAGCAACAUUAGGCACCGCGGUACCUGGUGCCUGCCCCGUCGACUGUAUGCACAAGUUUUACAUCUUUCUGGCCGUGGUCUGUCUGCUCAAGUUCAGCGGUGCCACUGGCAGGGCGUCAAAUUUUUUGGUCUCUGUUCGAUGCGUCGACGAGAAGGAUAAAACAGUGGCUAUGGGCUUCGGUUUAACUAUUAUGAGCUUAUUUGCGUUCAUACCCUCCCCUAUUUUGUUUGGAUCCAUCUUGGACAAAACCUGUCUCGUUUGGGGGAAAACAUGUUCAGGCACAGGAAAUUGUUGGCUGUACAACGGAGAAACGUUGAGAUACCUAUUAAACUUCACCGCGGCCACUUUUGUAGCGAUCGGUACGUUGUUCGACGUGGGUGUCUGGUAUUUCGUGAAAGACGUAAAGAUCUUCGACGAGGAGAUCGAGCUGAAAGACAUAGCCGAAGAGCCUGGAGAGACACUUUGAGAGCGAGUCGUUAACGAUCGAGUCAGAUCGCUUCGUUUCAAGGAGAGGUGGAGUAAGGGUUGAACGGCGUGGUCAUUUGGUGAAGAGAGAGAAAAGAAAAAAAACGAAAGAUGGACACGAUGGAAGGAAAAGGGAAAGCCAACGAAUAAAGACUUUACAAGUACCUUAAGCAACUUCCUAGAUAUUUAAAAGCUCGUAGUACCUCAGAUAGAACUUACUGUUAACUAUUUCGUUCGUGAAGCACAACAUUCGAAGAAGAAAAUGAAUUGAAUUUUUUACUACCCUCGUUUCAUUACCAUUAUUUUCCCCCGAUAAUUUUUAUCGCUUAUGAGAAGCCUGAAAUCCUUCUGCCCGAUACAAGCUGUGUAAGGAUAACUGUAAGAGGAUUCGCAUCAAUUUCAGGAGCAAUUCAAAUCGGUCGUAAACACACGUUCUGUGUACAAAAUAUAAUCUAAACGAAAGAAUUUGUAUCUACAGGUGAAAGGAAGUAUUUUAUACUUUAUAUUUAACAAUAUGGUGUAAUGUAUCAUGUUUCUGUAAAUUGACGAAGCGUCGCAACGUUCUCGAAAUUAUAUUCAUUGUCAGAUGAAAUUCUACUAAAAUAAAAUUAUUACCUUUCGUUCGAAACAGAGAUUAGUUUGCGUAAUAUAACGACAGAUACAAAAGUACAGGCAUUUUAUCGAAAUUACAUCGCAAUAAUAUCGAAGUAAGGUUGAUUGCGAAUAAUUUGCUGUUUUAUGUUUUAAACGAUUGAAGGGAAUGGAAAUUAAUAAUAGCUUUAUUACGAAAGUUAGGGAAGUGUCGUAUAAUGAAAAAACCUAUCGGUGAAUUGAAAUUGAUUGGACUUAAUGUAUUCGAAAUUUUGUCGAUACGUACGAUCGUAGAACUUUCAAAAAUAACAUUUAAUGCAGAUCAGAUGGUUGCAAUUUUAAACAGAGACUUACUACUUUGCAAUCCUUAUUUUAGCAGUGUACAUCUUCCAAUGCAAUAAUUUUAACCUGAAAGAUCUGCAUUUGACAUGACUCGAAAUAUCAUCUGUAAAAAUCCCUAUUUUGUAUGUGCGAAAAAAGUGUGUAUCCCUUCUUUUCUCAAUUUACAAAUUAAAACGAUAGAUUUGAGAAAGUUACAGUUUUUGAUUUAACAAGUUCGAUCGAUUGCUGCCUGAAUAAAUCCAAACCUGAGUGAAUUUUAGAAAAUUAAAAGGUAGUACGUUUCGGUAAAUUUGUAAUACGUAGAAAACAGAAUAACAAUUACAUUAAACAUCGUAAUAAUAAUUCAGCACUCUUGUUUUCCACAAAAAAAUUUUGCAAUUAAAUAAUAACGUAUAACAAUUAAGAUUAAUGAAAUUAUUAUGCUUUCAUUGUUGCUAACAUGACUUAAUUAUAAAAUUCAACAUCGUUAGAUUUUAAAUAUGCUACGUUCUGGCCGAAAGGAAACGUGGCAAAUUAAGUAAAGGGGAACACAUUUAGUUUGUUGCAUAAUUUUCAUAUAAAAAAUGAAAUGCUUAUUGAAAUAAUCAU